GACUAAUUAUAUUGCAUGCGAGGGGUGUCUUAAUGUCAAUCAAACCAUCAACGCUCGGCAAUUUUAUAAAGCACGCAGACUGAGUUAAUAUAUAACCAUUUUAAUGAUAACACCAAAAGUAAACAUUGGGAGCUUAUCGAGAUACCGACACCGCUAUUUGAAGCCCGAAAAUCGUGCAGGUUUUCGCUUUGUCACUAAUAGCCUGUUUUAAUUGGUGGAAAAGCGUGCGUGAAAUAAGAUAAUGAACGGUAAACCAGGGUCAAGAAGCCCCGCGUCACGGCUGCGAGGGCUCGCCUUUAGCAGAUCCCUCGGAGGUGGACGAGUUUAUAGACCAAAACUGCGGAAAGCGCUUUCGGUAAAUAGCGAAAGUGAACUCUUCAAGGCGGUAGAUGGCGGUUCACGAGAAGCGCUGGACGAUUUGGUUAUGAGCAAAACCCCACCUUUGAAAAGAGAGACUUGCAGCAGUCCAGUGAAGGUGCUGUCCUUCAAGUUACGGGCCAGUUCUUGGAAGGAACGAGAUAGCAGAGGAAGCCCUUCAAGCAUCGAAGCGGAAACCGUAAAUAAACACGAUGGUGUUAAUUUUGAGGCUCAGAAAGGCUGCGAGUUGGACUGUAAGGAGUUCAGCUCCAAAAUCCAAGAUCUUAUCCAGCAGGUUCUAUCUUCACACCUCGACAAUAUGGAAUACAAUCACGAGAUAUGCGGAGCUAAGUGUAAAACGAUUAGUCAGAUGAUCGAAAAUGGUGUCAAAUCCUUGUUCAGCGCACGAUACAAGAUUAUCGCACUGGUUUACAUCGGGGCGAUACGUGACCGAGGCAUUGAAAUGGCCAGUCAGUGUCUCUGGAAUCCUAGCACAGAUAGUUUCGUUAUGGCAACAUUUGAUAACAAUUCCUUGUUUGCCACCGCGACUGUGUUCGCUACUUUAUUCAACGACGAAUGAACUUUUGCAUUUCCGCCACGGCGUUGAGACACACGAAGCAGUUGAGUUGGGGUGAACAGCAAAAAAAUGUGGUAAUGAUAUUUUUAAAAAUCGAAACAGCAGGAGGCAAAUGGAAAGUGUUAUCGCUAUUCAAGGUAAUAGGAAAAUAAUUAACUUUUCAAUUAAAGUAGAGGCUUAAGUAUUAAUUAAUCUUUCGAUUUGCUUGAAAAUAUUACGACUGCUUGACGCUGUGAUAUUCUUCAAUAUCCUUCAAUAUCUUCAAAGGACGAAAAGCGAUCGUUCAAAGAAUUAUAAUUUUGACGAAGUUUAAAAAUAACUGGCAGAAUUUGGAAUGACCUCAACUUAAUCUUCUUAUAAACAGCGGGCGCGCGCAGAGCGCAGAGCGCCUCUUGAAUUAUCUUCUGUCAGGAAAAAAAAUAAAGAAUUUACUGCCUGAUGUGCGAAGCGAGAGCUUAUUAACGCCAGUCUGUCAAAUUGCACUGUUUUGUUAGUAAGGAUUAUGCCAUUAAUACCUCGCUGAGGAAAGGCCACAACGACCUUUUAAGAAAUCUUUUCCCAGCUUGUCUCGCGAAGGGAAAACAGAAGAACAAAGAGUUACAAAACAAUAAAUCAUCCGUGUGGUAACGUAUUAUAACUUUGCUAAAAAUGCAAAAAUGCAAAUUUUGAAGGUUCACCUUGGCAUACAUUAAUCUCCGGUAUUUAUAACUAAACGGUUGUCCAAUUGUUCACCUAGGUCAAAGAUAAUGUGAUUAAUUUAUAAGGUUUGUCGGAGAAAGACGAGUAGAAGAGCGACUUUUGAAAAGAUACAAGCCUGUUAGAGUUUGUUUAUUCAGGUGUAAAAGCUACACGAACAAUAGAUCGAGGAAUGUUGAUUUGAUAUAGUGGUUGAUAACGAAGGUUUAAUUUAGCUUAGGAAUAAAGCAUCGCUUAAAAAAAGGCUAUUCCGAAAAUAACGCGUCUAGUUAAAAAUAAGCCUAAGCAACUUAACAUUAUUUUAUCCUUCCUCUUGUCUUCACCUUUGAUUCUAUAAAACCAACACUAAAACAUUAGUGUUUGCUUUCACACUUGGCUCAAGGGUUACAACUGAAGUACCUGAUCGAAGGCCCUUGAUUUAGAUCAAAAUUCCUCUUACAGUGUUCCAGUCAUUUCCUGUUAUCUAUCUCGGAAGAAUUUGGCAGAUCAUCAGGCUCUUCACUGUUGAUAAACCUCGGCAGGUUUUAAAAACUUAUGUAUGUUAGAACGAGUUGUAAGUAGCCAAGCGUUUAAACUUGGAGGACUUUACAAACUAUCAUUAACAUUGAUUAGGAAACUUGAAAAUCGACAUGAUUACAUAUGUUGAAUUUGCAGAGUAAAAGAAAAAAUAUAUAUAUCUUUACAUGCGUUCGUUUUAUCUUUUCUUUGCUAUAUGAUACUCUCAUCUGAGACUAUAAAAAAAUCCUAGGACGCCUUCAAAGACUUUUUUUUAACAUUAUUUAUCCAAGUGAUGAAAUAUGUUGUACAUCACUUUGAGUUGGUCCGGAAAACGUGUACCACAAUAGCCCAAUCUACCGACGGUUCCAUUCUUUCCGUUGACUUUUUGCCAACAAAAAAACACUAUUUUAGGGUUUCGGUCUGCAAAGUAAAACACAGUCCUUGGUUACAAAGGAAUGCUUUGACGCUGACUUUUAAUGACUGAUCCUUAAAUCAGAAUUCUCGAGGUCGUAACCUUUCGUGUUUUCAGUGUUAAUCAUAAAAAUUACAAUUUCCUCGAUUGUGAUUGGUUUAAAAAUUCCUG